AAGCAGGCACUAUUAAGGACAGUCGCAUCCGGGCCCUCCUGCCGCAAGCUGCCCUCCCAGCCAAGGGUCCUUCAGGUAGGAGGUCCUGGGUGACUUUGGAAGUCCGCAGUGUCUCAUUGCAGAUACUUCUUAGCUUAGGACCUGGUGGCUAGGUUGGUUCUCUCCUUUCCAAUCGGAGACCUCUACCGCAAACAUGCUUCGCCAGAUCAUCAGUCAGGCCAAGAAGCAUCCGAGCUUGAUCCCCCUCUUUGUAUUUAUUGGAACUGGAGCUUCUGGAGCAACACUGUAUCUCUUGCGUCUGGCAUUGUUCAAUCCAGAUGUUUGUUGGGACAGAAAUAACCCAGAGCCCUGGAACAAACUGGGUCCCAAUGAUCAAUACAAGUUCUACUCAGUGAAUGUGGAUUACAGCAAACUGAAGAAGGAACGUCCAGAUUUCUAAAUGAAAUGUUUCACUAUAAUGCUGCUUUAGAAUGAAGGUCUUCCAGAAGCCACAUCCGCACAAUUUUCCACUUAACCAGGAAAUAUUUCUCCUCUAAAUGCAUGAAAUCAUGUUGGAGAUCUCUAUUGUAAUCUCUAUUGGAGAUUACACUGAUUAAAUCAAUAAAUAACUGAAACUUG